CGCGACCCCAACCCUAGCCGCCGCAUCAUCCCCCUCCUCCUCCCGUCCCACCGGCAUGGCCGCCAUCAGCAGCAGCAAGCGCCGCUCCCCCUCCGCAUCCACCGCCGCCUCCUCCUCCUCGGCCGACGGGAUCGGCGAGCCUGGCCCGCAGCUCGUCACCCGGAAGCGGAGGUCCGUUCGGCGCGGGCCCCGCGGCGGUGUCCGGUGGAUGCCGGCGAUCCGACCAGUAAGUGAGCUGGAUUUAAAUAGAGUUGCUCUAGAUCCAGAUCAUCAAGUGCCCGGGUUGCGAGUUAUUCUGCAGAAGGAGCUCCGUAACAGUGACAUAAGCCAGCUUGGGAGAAUUGUUCUUCCGAAGAAAGAGUCGGAGGCUUACCUCCCAACUCUGGCAUCAAAGGAUGGCAGAAGUCUACGCAUGCAUGAUUUGCUAAAUGCACAAGAGUGGACAUUCAAGUACAGAUACUGGCCAAACAACAACAGCAGGAUGUAUGUACUUGAGAAUACCGGGGAUUAUGUCAGAACCCAUAACCUUCGAGUGGGAGACUUCAUCAUGAUAUACAAAGACGAUGACAAUAACCGAUUUGUCAUCCGAGCAAAGAAGGCGGGAGAUGAUCUAGUUGCUGCUAUGCCACAAUUCCAUGAGCAUAUCUCUGGCAUCCUGCCAAUACCAGAAGUUGAUGACUAUGUGUCUCUAAUCCCAUCACCAGCUGACAUAUCUGCCUUUAUCCCACAAGCUGAUGAGAAUUACGAGAUAUUCGAUGGGAUUUUCAACUCUCUGCCAGAGAUACCGGUAGCCAAUGUGAGGUACUCAGACUUCUUCGACCCAUUCAGUGAUUGUAUGGACGCGUCAAAUCCCAGCCUGAACGGCAACAACUCAGCUAACCUGGCAAGUCAUUUCCAUGACGAGAGGACUGGGCUUUCUUUGUUUCCCAACCCGAAGUCUGGGCCUCUGAUGUGAAAUCCAGCAGAACUGCUGGCUCCUAGCAUACUACCCUAUAUGAAGUUCGGAGUCACCAAGCCUUGACGCCGUUGCUGUACAUCCAAAUAAUUGGUGUCCUCAUUUUGUAUUGUACUGUAUAUGCUUAACUGUUGCUUAUGUGUAGAAGAUUUUGAAUUCUCUUUUUAACUGAAGGUUUCAUCAGAUUCAAAUGCUAUGACCGUGUUCAGCUCA